AAAUCAAAAAGAAAGAUCAAAUCGUUACUAAUACUCAGGAUAUACUUUCUACAGAAGAUAUUUCAUCUGAAAAUUUGGAACGAAAAACUAAACCUUAUAAGAAUAAAGAGAUCAAAUUUCUGGAACGA